AGCUGGACAGCUGGAAACUACGACAGGCAACAAGUCUGAGAUCAGUUUGGCAAAGUAAAAUGGUUCGUAAGUGUGCAUUUCCUAAUUGUGAAAACAAAAUGUGGCGUAAUAGGCGCAGCUUUCAUCGAUUGCCAUACAAAUAUCCGGAUAUAACGAAGUUAUGGCUUGUUGUACUGAAAAUUGAUGAAAACACACCAGUCCAUAGCCUGCGCCUCGCCGAUCAUCGUGUUUGCGGUGAUCAUUUCGAUCAAGAUGAUUACCUACCGACCAAGGAGGGACAAUCUAAACUUUUCCUGAACAGAGAUGCUAUUCCCAAGGGGAUACCUGACCAAGUGGAGCUAAAUGGUAAACAAACACGGCAGCACAAGGUUAAGGUGGAGGACAUGAAAGAGCCAGCAUCAGAGAGAAGGCGACGUAAACUCAGAAAGUUAUCUGUUCCGGUGCUGUUUGAGUGGAACAACUACUCAUUUAAACCUGAAAGACUGGGGAUGUGUGACAGGAGCGGGGGGCAUAUGAAGGGUGAGACAUCUCAGGAGGAAAAGAUGGACGUCAGUCUGAGGGAGCAUGACUACGCCUUAGCUCCGGAUCGUACAGUAGUUGAUCUCAUCCACUCUGAGAACGAAACUCUGCGGAAUGAAAUCCACCAACUCAGACGACAGAUGGAUGAUCUAACCAUGAGGCAACGCUUUGGCAUCCACCGGUUCUCUGGCUCUGACGAGGACAUCAGGUUCUUCACGAGGUUUUCAUCUUAUGACGCUCUCAUGAGAUUCUGGGAUCUCAUCCAUCCACUGGUUCCCUUUAUGGUCCGUGUUACUAAAGCCCAAACAGCUGCAGAAAGAAGCGUGGAUGUCACAGAGUCUGAUGCUACUGUGACUAAUUCCCUCCAGCCCAUAGAUGAGAUGUUCCUGUUCUUAAACUAUCUUGCACUGGGGUCAAAGCUGAGGGAUCUUGCACACAAGUAUGGAAUCCACCAGUCCACAGUCAGCCGGAUAAUAAUCACAUGGAGCAACUGUCUCUAUGCUGUCCUGGGUUCAGUCAGGAUCUGGAUGUCAGAGGAAAAGAUCCGGGAACAUCUACCAGCAGAAUUCAAGGAGUACUCAGAUACCAGAGUCAUCCUCACCUGCAUGGAGUUGAAGUGCCAGUGCCCAUCCUCACCACUGCUGCAAAGUGAAGUAUUCUCUUCAUACAAGUCACACCGUACCCUGAAAGGGUUGAUUGGAAUUGCUCCACACGGUGCUGUCACCUUUGUCUCUCCAUUGUGUCCAGGCUCAAUCAAUGACAAACAGAUCCUGCGACAAUCUGGGAUUGGGUCGCUGUUGACACCAGAGAUGGCAAUCAUGGUUGACCGAGGCUUUCUUGUGGAUGACGUUGUGCCAUGUAAGAUCUACAAGCCUGCAUUUCUCUCAGGUAAAGACAAGACGCCUGCAUCUGGAGUCAGAGAGACCCAGGCCACUGCACAUCUCAGAGAACAUGUGGAAUGUCAUAUCAGCAAAGUUAAGCAACACAAGUUCUUUGACACAGUGAUACCACUGAAGAUGUUUGGCAACAUUAACCAGCUGUACACUGUUGCAUGCCUCCUAACAAACUAUGAAAAUGGUCAACUUGGGCAAAGCAGCUAGUGUAGCACAGUGGGUCUCAGACAGCUUUAUGAUACACAUAUACCUCUACUUAAAUAUUCACCCUAUGAAGCCUCUAAAUAAGACCUGGAGCUACUAGUUAGCUUCAGAAGUCACAUAAUUACUUCGAACAAGUCUACCUUUGUGCAAUCUAAGUGUCACGUGAUUUCACUGUAUAUACACUUGUACUGAAAGGCCCCAGAGUCUGCAGCACUACCAAGCAAGAGGCACCAUGAGGACCAAGGAGCUCUCCAAACAGGUCAAGGAUGAAGUUCUGGAGAAGUACAGAUCAGGGUUGGGUUCUAAAAAUAUAUCUGAAACUUUGAACAUCCCAUUGACCGCCAUUACAUCCAUUAUUAAAAAAUGACAAAAAAUGUGGCCCAACAUCAAACCUGCCAAGAGAGGGCUGCCCACCAAAACUCACUGCCCAGGCAAGAAGGGCAUUAACGAGAAAGACAACAAAGAGACCAAAAACAACCCUGAACAAGCUGGAGAUUAAAGUAUCUGUCAAUAGGACCACUUUAAGAUGUACACUUCACAGAGCAUCAAAAGUGGCAACCAUGCCCCUUUUGUCUUAAUUCUUGGUGGCAUAGAAUCAAGAAGGUGCUGGAAACAUUCCUCAGAGAUUCUGGUCCAUAUUGACAUGAUAGCAUCACGCAGUUCCUACAGAUUUGUUGGCUGCACUGCACUUUUUUCUCGUCAUGCUUUAAUUUUUCUUUUUUUGGCAUUUUAUUUUCGACACAACUUGCAAGUAUACGUUAACCAAUAACUGCUGUCAAUGUCACAACACAUGUAGAUAUCAGGGCAAUGACAGACGGUUAAAUAAACAAAACAGGGCAUAAUAAAAUAAAACUGGAAAAACAAACUGUCUGACCCUCUCUUAAUAACAUCAUACCUCUUAUAAUGCAGCUCUAGCCUCAAGCAUGAUUUAACCUGCCCUCUUUGUCCCGUUUGUCUAUUAAAGAGUGUUUCCACUGCUGAAUAGAAAGACUGUGUGACGACUUCCACCUAACCGCCAACAUUUUUUAGCAGCAGUGCAUGCUGAUAACCAAAGCUACCUUUGAGUGUGAUUAAAGUUCUGUCUUGAAUCAUCAUUAAGUAGCAUACGUGCUGGAGAGCAGCCAAUCUUAACACCCAAAAUUUCGGAUAGACGUUAGGUAGACGUUUUGUUAUUUGUUCCCAGAAACUUUUAACUGAUGGACACUCCCACAUGAUAUGUAAAAAAAAGUCCCCAAAUCACACAAGGUACAGUUUGGAGGAGUAGAUAUAUUCAUCAUGCAAUGUCGCUUUGGUGUCAAAUAAGUUUGAAAUAUAAAAUUCAGGUUUGUUAAUGUAUGAUUUAAGUUUUAAAAAGAACGGGAAACAUUCUCCCCAACUCUGGCACAGUCUAUUGAUGAUUCAGAGCAGUUCCUAUUCCAAAUUGCUUGAAUGCCUAGAGUUUGUGUGUGCACUAACAAAGUGUUGUAAAUGAAAGAAACAUGUCCUUUAGCUAAUCCAGAUAGUUUCCUAAUUAAGUUCAUUAAUGGAUGAAUGUGUGUGUGUAGCAGAACCUAAUUGUAGAUAUAGAAAAAAAGGAGUUGGUUUACAAUUUUUAUGUGUCUUUCAAAUCCUGAAAGCUUCUUAAAUCAGUGUCAUUUAUAAUGUCUCCUAAGCAAUGUAUACCUGAGUUAAACCGUUGUGAUGUCUUUUUAACAUCAUGCCGGAGGACUACAGUUGAAAAUUAGCCUUUGGCUAACACUGGCACAUUUACAGCAAUGUUCAUUAAUGUGCACUGUCCUCUAAAUAAAAAAAAUAUAUAUAUUGUCCUCCAGACUUUAAUGAGUUAUUAUAAAAUAUCAGUGUAUUGACAUGACUUUGUGAUUUCCAAUUAUAUAUCUUUACAAUUUUAAAAAUUUGGAAUCACAUAGGCUAUUAUUUGUCCGUAUUUCAGUUUGCAUUAUCUAACAGACAGGCUUGUGAAUAAAAUAUCAUUCAAGUGAACCAGUGCCACCAAAUUCCUCUUAAUAUUAAGCCAUGAACCAAUAAAUUAAGGGGUGAAAGGCAAGAGACUUAAAAUUGGGUACUGACAGUGCACCAAACCCCGACUUUCUUUGUAAAGUCAUAAGUUUUAUUUUGGGAUAGUAAUAACAAUGUAUUUUUGCCCAAAAUCUUGGAGGCCGUGCUAAAGGUUACAUAUAACUACUACAGUUUAUUAGGUUAUCAAGCAUCAUACCAAUAAAAUUAAAAUCUACUAAUCAUCAUAUAUCCAUAUUUACUGACGACGUUCUUUUUUUCUUCUCUGAUAUCAAGAAGUCUCUUCCAUGUAUCCUUAAUAUUUUCAAACAACUUAGCACUGUCUCUGUUAUAAAAUCAAAUGGACUAUGUCCUCUUUAUAAGCUUUGAAUCCUCAAAGCAAAGCAGAAUGUGAAAAUUUGUUGCUGGAAGUUACCGCUGAAGUGACCUACAAACGCGAGGAGUUACUCUGUUUGGAGUAGUCAUGGCUGAAUUUUUACCCGAUUUUGACCAACUGUAAGGUCAUUCCAGCGGUAACUUCCUGCAACAACUCAAAUCUUGUGAGACCAACUGCUGUAAAACACCAAAGAAGAAGAAUAAUCUCGCUAGAUGUGAGAUUUCAGAGCCAGACUUUCACUCUCUGAGUGAGUUUUGACUUGCCACAACUAACAUGUCUGAAUUUUUACCCGAUUUUGACCAACUGGAUCUGGAUAAGCCAUUUGAAUUUGAUGACCGCCUGUAUUUAUUUGAACACGGAGUACACGGAUGUACACAGAUGCAGAGCUCAUUGAA